CGGUGUGGCGCAAGCUACCAUAGACUUCACAAUGUAAACAGUCGCUGCUGGAAUGAACAUGUUUAGUAAAAAUCGAGGAUUUCGAGGCUUCCAAACGACUUAAAAUCCAGACAGAGACUGCAGACGUUGGUCGUAUCAAUUUAAAACACCCACCCGCUGCCCGUACCUGUCACGUUAGCUAAAUUGUCGGUUGGAAAGCACUAGUUUGAAUCUUGGCUAGCUAACGUUAACAGGAUAGCUAGCUAAUGUUACACAUCAGUGGCUCCUUGUUGUCCUUAGAAAUUAACCAAGGUCUAACGUUAUAAAUAUGAUUAAGUGUUUGUCAAAAGAAGUUCAAGGUAAGCUUCGGUCUGGAAUAGCAAUAUUUUCAUUACAGCAGUGUCUUGAAGAGCUUAUUCUGAACAGUAUUGAUGCUAGUGCAACAUGCGUGGGUGUGAGGGUGGACAUCGAAGCCUUCAAAGUGCAGGUUAUAGACAAUGGCUCAGGGAUGGACAUAGAGGAUAUGGAGUCUGUCGGAAACAGAUACUUCACAAGCAAAUGCAGUUCUUUAGAGGACCUAGAUAAUCUCAAAUUCUAUGGAUUCAGAGGAGAAGCUGUUGCCAGCAUUGCUAAUCUCGCCAUGCUGGUGGAGAUAUCAUCCAGGACCAAAAUGUCUGUGAAGACUCAUGUGAAAGUCUUCAAGGAUGGUAAAGGCUUGGACGUGUUUGAGGCUGAGACUACCCGCCCAUCUGCAGGGACGACUGUUGUUAUUUGUAACUUCUUCCACAACAUGCCAGUGAGGAGAAACAGGAUGGAUAGCGUGCUGGAGUUUGAACGGAUCAGGCAGAGAGUGGAGGCCAUUUCACUCAUUCACCCCUCUGUCUCUUUCACACUGAAGAAUGACUGCACAGGGACCAUGGUGGUGCAGCUCUCCAAAGCCCGAAACACUUACUACAGGUUUGUUCAGAUCCAUGGUUUAGGUAGGGCCCAAAAGCUUGGGGAAAUCAACCACUCCCAUGCACAGUUUGAAGCAAGCGGUUAUGUAGGACGGGAAGGCCACUACAACAACACCUUACAGUUCCUCUAUGUGAAUGACAGGCUACUUCUCAAAACCCGCAUCCACAAGCUGCUGAACCUUCUCCUACGCAAAGUAGGCAGUUCAAGUCGGCAGAAUGACAGCCCUGGUACACCUCCUGCCAUUAGGAGCCCAAAGCAGAGAAGAGGAGCUGAGCUACAUGCAAUGUAUGUCAUCAAUAUCAUGUGCCACUACUCUGAGUAUGACAUAUGCCUUGAGCCCGCCAAGACCCUGAUUGAAUUCAAAGACUGGGAAAGUAUUCUGUUCUGCAUAGAAGAGGCAGUGAAAGCAUUCCUGACAAGAGAGAACUUGGUGAGUGAAAUCUCCCCAGAGGAUAUCCAGGACUACAUUUGUAAGAAUGUGUUUAGUGGCCAAACAGCUAGCACAGACGGAGUUAAGGACUCCAUUGGAAAAGGUGCCCAAACACACAUGGAGGGUGUUACCCUGGAAUGUAAUGUUGGAAAGACCCUUGCAUCUGAACUUGUUCAUCGACGGCAGAUAGAAGGCUCUGACAAGAUGAAUAGUGUUUAUCAGACAUGUGAUGGAGUUGAAUCAGAGCAGGGUGACAGAGUAGGAAAACUAAGGGACAAGGAGGUCCUUACGGGUUUUGAACAGGAACAAGAGUAUAAUACCACAAACCCACAAUGUCGACCAAGCUCAGUAGAUACAGACCAAGGUCUACAGUAUGAUUCAAUUACAGAUUCAUCAGUUAUGGACUCAUCAGAGUCUUACAAGGAAGUUACGAAAGAGAAUGAAAGCAAUGAACAUCUGAAAUCUGCUAUUUCUUGUCCUGAAUCAUCUCAGCAUAGUCUUAUCUUUAAGACAAAGGAAGAAAAUCUGAAAAUGAGUAUAGAAGAAGGAACAGAGAUGAAGGAUAAUGCAAGAGAGCAUGUAUCCCUCUCAAGAUGCACUGUGAGAGCACCAUGUACUCUCACUCAGGGAAUCCAGUCAGAGAUGGGCUCUAUCAAACAGACACUACCUCAACCACAGGACACAGAACUGAAUCCAGGUGGACACAGAAACAUCUUUCUAUCACAUCCAUACAUUCAUAGCAGUUUACCCUCUCAGAAAUGUCUCUCCCACCAGAGUAGAAAAGGGCUAGCGUUAGAAUCUAGAGAGAAACUUGCAACAAAACGAAAAUGGCCUAUGGUGGAGGGCCCAGGCCAUCUUCACGUUUACAACAAAGAAAGUAAGGACCUUCCCACUGGCAUCCCUUCAAAGAUUUCUACGUUCAUGUCAUGUCAAAAGCUGGCUUUAUAUAAAGAGGUUGGAUCUCUGGACAGGUUCAGAAGAAUAUACGGGAAGCUUACCAAAUCCAAUCCAGUUCCUGUCGACGUUAAUAGCAAUUAUUUAGCAAUUGAUGCCACAGCUUCCCAGACCGAACACUUGGUUAUGAAUGCCAAGGCUGUUUUGCCCUAUCUUGAAGCGGAUCAAGAAAGGGAUGUCACAGAGUCACGUCUGGAUCUGAUGAAAGACCACAAAAGCCCGUUAACACUCUCCAUGUUCACCAAACUCAAAUAUCUCUCAGCUCGGAGCAGUGAAAUAUCUUUGGCUACCAAACUCUCUCAUUUAAAACACCAAAGGACAGAGGUUGCAACCAGUGCAUUUGUACAUCCACCAGAGACCACUUCAAAUGAGGAUAUAUGUCCCCAGGACACUGUAGAAAACAAUGCUAUUCUAGACAUCAAUAAUGGAGAACAACACAAUAACACUGGCCGGAAUCGUGACUUCAUCCCGGGCUGCAGUACAAAUCCUCUGCCAGAUGAAAAGGAAGCGAACAAUGUCACAGCAUCAUGUGAUUGGCUGCAUCACUAUGACGACACUGUGGGGAAGCUGGUCUACAUCAACAAAGUGACAGGACUCAGUAAAUAUGAAGCACCCUCUGCUGAAGAGACACAAGUGUCUUGCACGUCAGAUGUCACCAACAUGGCAAUCAGUGUCAUCUCCAAAAAAGGGAUUGAGUACAGGUGUUACCCAUUUCAAAUGGAUCUAGUCUUGCCCUUCCUUCCCAAAUCCAAAUCAGGGAGAGUUCUUAGUUCAGGGCCUGACAAUAGAGAUGGCAUUCAGGACUCUAAUUCACUGUCCUCCCUGUACUCUGAGUGGACUAACCCUGUGUUUGCACGACCUCCUAUGGUUGGUGUGGACAUAUCAAGUGUGCAAGCUGAAGGACUGGCUGUGAAGAUCCAUAACAUCCUCUUUCCAUACCGCUUCUCCAAGGACAUGAUUCACUCAAUGAAGGUUAUUCAUCAAGUGGAUAAGAAGUUUCUUGCAUGUCUUAUCAACACACAAGACCAAGAGCCUGUGGCCUGCAGCGAAACUGAUGGGAACCUUUUAGUGUUAGUGGAUCAACACGCUGCGCAUGAGAGAGUUCGUCUUGAGAAUCUAGUUGCAGAUUCGUACGAGGAUGAUCCAGAGACACCGGGGGAGAGACGGCUAUGCUCAUCCACUGUAGCCCCACCACUGGAGGUCAGCGUGACAGAGGAGGAGCUGAGGCUGCUCAGGUCCUGCCGGCCAUCCUUCAGGGGCCUGGGUCUGGAGAUGCAGUUCUCGCAGAUAGGAGAUCCCCAGGUCCUGGUGGGGAAGGUGCCAAUGUGUUUCACAGAGAAGGAGAGCAAUGAACUCCGCCGGGGGAGGCGUUCCAUCAUCAAGCCCAUAGUGGAGGAGUACCUUCAAGAGCAGAUUGAGUUACUGCGUUCAACUGGCAGAGUGCGAGGGACAUUGCCUCUUACGGUACUUAAAGUCCUCGCCUCCCUUGCAUGUCAUGGUGAGUGUUAUUUUCUAAUUCAGUGGUCAUACUGUACUUUGUAUACGUUUCUCAUUAGUGUCAUGGCCCAAACAGGUGCAAUCAAAUUCAAUGACCGCCUCAGUAAGGAGGAGUGUUGCAGCCUGGUAGGCGCUCUAUCUUCAUGCCAGCUGCCCUUCCAGUGUGCCCAUGGCCGCCCAUCCAUCGCCCCGCUGGUAGACGUCCUUCACUUGAAUGACCAAGAGGAACCACCUAGACCAAACCUCAGAAAACUGAGAAGAAUGUACAAAGCCUGGGAACUUUAUGGAAAUAGAUAAGUGUGCCAACAUUGUCAAAUGAUAAAAGAUUCAUUUAAAAACAGGAUUUCCCUCAUUAAAUGAGACAUUUAUUGUAAUUACUAUUAAUCUUUUAAUGCCGUAUAGUCUUUAUAGCUAUAUGAAAGACACCCAGAGUGAAAGCCUUCUUAAUCAAAAACACAACCAUGUACCUGACAUACUGGGGACACUUUAUUUUUGCAUAACAAUAGCUGAAUGUGUGAUGGGAGGCUUUGUGCACUCACUAAAAAUGUGUGUUUAUUUUCAUGCAAUAUUGCAUGAAUAAAUCUCAAACCAAUGUAUCCAUGUAUUUCUAAUCAAAACAGUGCCUGAGAUGAGGCUAGUAAAAAACUGAAGUUGACAGAAGACUGAAAUAAAUUAAAAUUGUA